AUGUUGUGGUUACUUCCGGAUGCAAGAGAUGGGUUGCCGGCUCUGACUGAGAGAGUUUGUUCCGAGUCCGGGUUUCUAGACCUCCAUCUUAAUAGUUUUACGACUGUUAGAGUGAAGAAAUUCUUGAUUCCAAAGUUUAAGAUUUCAUCCGGGUUUGAAGCUUCGGGUGUUCUGAAGAAAAUAGGGCUGGGGGAUGGUUGUGAUUUUAUAGCGAUAUUUCACGAAUCUGUAAUAGACGUUGAUGAAAAUGGCACAACAGCUGCAGCUGCAGCUGCUACUUGUGCUCAAAUAUGGCUUAGCGAUGGUAACUUCUCCAAACCUAAAGAGAUAGAAGAAUUUGUGGCUGACCACCCCUUCAUGUUUCUCAUAACAGAAAACAGAACCAGAACGGUGCUGUUCAUGGGGCAGGUGUUCAAUCCUCUUGCAGGCUGA